AUGUUAACAUUAACUCAAAUGGAUGAAAUAAUCAAAUUAACAGAAUAACAUAUGACUGAUUGUUAAGUCAAUUAAGAUUUCAAAGAAGCAAAAGAAGUCAAAUCUAAAAUAUUGUAAAUGAAAACCAUUCGAGAUCUUAUUGAAAGAGAAGAAAUUCAGGAACAAUUUAAUAUUGGAGAAGACAGAAUUCUUUCCUAAAUCAAGUAACAGAUUGAUGAAGUUAACUAAUACUUUACUUAAUUAUUUGAAAAAUUUAAUUAUUAGAAAAGUUAGGCACUUUAAUAGUUAUGGCAUCAAUAAAAAAUAUCAUAAUAAAAAUCAGUCUUUUAUAAAAGAUAAAAAAAUGCAGAAUACUAAAACCUAUAAAAAAUUAUGACAUAUUUGUCAAAUCAGAAGGAUUUCAAAAAGGCUGAGUUAUAUCAAGUCUAUCUAAAAGAAGCAAGUUAAGAUCAUAUGCGAAGAACUCAAUCCGAAUAAAGGUAAACUCAAGAAACCCAAUAGAGAGUGCUUAAAUAGAAACAUGCACAUUAAGAGGAAGUGCUACUUAAUAAAUUUAAUGAUCAAGAAUAAUUAAUUAAGCUAGAAAUGAAUAAAAAGCUAUAGGAAAUAGAAUAAAAAAAAAUCAACCAAUUAUCUCAAUUGUAAUUUGAGAGGAAUCAAAAAAUUUCUCAACUUGAAAAAAGUAGAACUAAGGUUAUAAAAGUGCAAGUCCAAUAAUAAUUAGAGGAGAUGGAAAAAUGUGGCUUUAUCUUAAAAUGA